GAUAAAAAUUCAGCAUUCAAAAUACUAAUUUUGGUGCGGGCUUAUCUAAGUGUUAGUGUCGAACUUGGGAUCACUACUUUUUGCUCCAAUUCCUGCAUACGAACCUGUGCGGAGUGAUAUUCUUUGUAACCGAAAUUCCACCACAGAAGUAAUGGGGUUGCUCUAUUUUUUUGAAUCUACUGCGAAGCUCAAUGAACAGGGAUAUGUUCAUUCGUGUCUUUCUCUCUAUAAUGCUCUCAAGGGCUCGCGCUCGCUAUCCAUCAGAGAGAUUUGGAAGAUUCCUGGCGAACACAAACUGAUAGGAGUCAUCAGUGUGGAUUCGCCAGGAGAGCUGGAUUCUUGGGUUGCGUCUUCUUAUGAACACUUAGUAAACGGAAUCUCUACUGUGUUCACCCCAUUGAGACCUUAUGAAGAUUUUGCCGCCAAUGUUGGAGACUGGCUGGAGGAAGAUACCAAUAUCAGUCUUGUGCAUUGUGUACCAAAAAAUGGUCUACAUUACUUUCUCACUUUUACAGUGGAAUAUGAAGGCAUGACUCAAGAAGACCUCUUCAAAGUCUGGUUUGAAGAAGGGAAAGCUGCUUUAGGAGCGAAGAAAUCUGGAAUUGUAAGGGACUUGUGGAAAGUGGUAGCACAACGAAAGGUUUUUGCCAUUGUGUGUGUUGAAAAACCAGGAGAUUUGGACAAGAUAUCAUUUGAAUUGCCUGUCAUGAAAAAGAUGGGUGACAAAGUCCAGAUCACAUGCAAGUCUAUUCGCCAGGCUGACGACUGGAUUAGAGAAGUCAGGGAAAUAGAGAAAGAACAAUUUCGAAUGUCUUCCUCGCGGCUAAGUACUGCGGAAAACAGAUAACUAAUCUGAAAAUAUGUGUUUCAUGACAUAGAUUUUUUGGAUCAAUAUCAGUAUCUAGGCAACUGCCCACCUACCCCUCCCCUAACCCAACAUUAACCCUAACUUAUUAUCAAUAGACUGUUGUUGCAUGUUGGGUUAGGGCAGGGGUAGGUGGGCAGUUGCCCAGAUUAUUUUUUUUACCCCAUUCAUAUUUGGCUUAUUCCGGCACAAUGAUCUUUCCUUCCUCUGAUUAAUUUGAAAACUCCGCUGUUCUAACAAAUAUGAUUUAUUUGAUUCAAAGAAUAAAUUAAACUGAAUGAUUCAA